UUCUCCAUUCUGACCGACUUCCCACCCCUGGUCACUGCUGCCCAGGGAAGCCGAGAGUCACCAUCUCCAGACUUCACACAGUCCUGAGAGCCCCAGAAGUGUGCGUUUGUCCAAACAAGACAAUGACGUAUGAAAACUUCCAGAACUUGGGGAAUGAGGAGAAAACCCAGGAGACUGGAACAGCGGCUCCCCCCAAGUCCUUCCUGAGGAAUAUCUUCUCUUGGACCGGCCUCCUCCUCUUCUCCCUGGGUCUUGGCUUCCUGCUGUUGGUGGUCAUCUCCGUGAUUGGAUCCCAAAAUUCCCAGUUAAGGAGGGACCUAGGCACCCUGAGGGCCAGUCUAGACAACAUCACCUCCAACACGAAGGCUGAGCUCCAGGCCCUGACCUCCAGGGGUGACAGCCUGCAAGAGAGGAUCAGCUCUCUGAAAGUGGAGGUGGAUGACCACAGGCAGGAACUGCUGGCAGGCCGAGGCUUGAGACAGAAUGUUUCUUCUCUGGAGAGCAUGGUGGAGAAGAAGGAACAGGCAUUCAAAACAGGUCUGUCUGAGAUAACAGAGAGUGUCCAACAGCUGGGCAAGGACCUGAAGACCCUGUCCUGCGAGCUGGCCAGCCUCAAGAACAACGGCUCCAAAAUGGCCUGCUGCCCCCUUCACUGGAUAGAGCAUGAAGGCAGCUGCUACUGGUUCUCUCAGUCUGGGAAGUCAUGGCCUGAGGCUGACAAGCACUGUGAACUGCAGAAUUCCCACCUGGUGGUGGUCAACUCCCCGGAGGAGCAGAAAUUUAUCCAUGACCACAAGGGCCCUGUGCACGCCUGGAUGGGCCUAACGGACCAAAAUGGACCCUGGAGAUGGGUGGAUGGGACUAACUAUGACAAUGGAUUCAAGAACUGGAAGCCACUGCAGCCAGAUAACUGGCAUGGACACGGGCUGGGAGGAGGUGAGGAUUGUGCCCACUUCUCUGACGAUGAUGGCCGUUGGAAUGAUGAUGUCUGCCAGAGGCUGUACCGCUGGAUUUGUGAAACAGAACUGGGCAAAGGCAGCUAAGAGUCCCCUCCCCCAACCUAUAUCUUUAGUGCCAUAAGCCUCUGAUGUCUGGUAGUGGUAAUCUCCUUGUCUUGGUCUCUCCAACAUCGUGGGGGCAUUUUUUUUUCUAGGAUUUUAAGAGGGGCUAAAGGAUGGUAUCUGAGGAGUAUAGUGUUGUGUUUGGAAUGGUGGGGUUAUUGGAACCCUGACACUGUGUACAGUGUACAGCCUGUCACUGUCAAGUUAUUUUUUUAGAGUCAAAAACGAGAAAUAUAUGUUCUCUGAGUUGUCUGGUCGUUGGUGGUUAGGAACUGGUGGUGAGCUGGCUAGCAUUAGGAAGCCUUGGGUGGGUGGUGGUGGCAACAUGAGAACUGAAUGACCUUUGGCCAGAUUUGGGGAGGGGGUAUGGAACCAGGUGCUAGUAAAGGUGGCCCUGAGGGAAAGCAUAGAAGAUAGAACACAAAAAGAUAUGAUUGGAGCUUCAGGUCAAGAAAGAUGAUGUCAGUGCAUGAUUCCCUCGUGGAAAACACUGUAAAUACUGGAGGAGACUAGGCGCAUGAUUGGGUAACCCUUAAGCUGACUGACCCAACGGGACAUCUAUCCCCAACCCCAGCCUUGUUCUCUUUAUGCUUUAAAAGAGCUUGUUGUUUUUAAAUAAAUGAGUCCUUGCUUGA